UCCGCUGCUGCUGCCUCGGCGGGCCGACCUGCAGGAGGCGGCGGCGGCGGCGGCGGCCGAGGCCGAGGGAAGAUGGCGGACGGUGUGGACCACAUAGACAUUUACGCGGAUGUGGGCGAAGAGUUCAACCAGGAAGCAGAAUAUGGUGGACAUGAUCAGAUAGACUUGUAUGAUGAUGUCAUCUCUCCAUCUGCAAAUAAUGGCGAUGCCCCAGAAGAUCGCGACUACAUGGAUACUCUUCCACCAACUGUUGGUGAUGAUGUGGGUAAAGGAGCCGCACCAAACGUUGUCUACACUUACACUGGGAAGAGAAUCGCAUUGUAUAUUGGAAAUCUAACAUGGUGGACAACAGAUGAGGACCUAACUGAGGCCGUUCAUUCUUUGGGAGUAAAUGAUAUUUUGGAGAUAAAAUUCUUUGAAAAUCGGGCAAAUGGACAAUCAAAGGGAUUUGCCCUUGUUGGUGUUGGAUCUGAAGCAUCUUCCAAAAAGUUAAUGGAUCUUUUGCCUAAAAGAGAACUUCAUGGUCAGAAUCCUGUUGUAACUCCAUGCAAUAAACAGUUCCUGAGUCAAUUUGAAAUGCAAUCCAGGAAAACUACACAAUCAGGACAAAUGUCUGGGGAAGGGAAAGCUGGUCCUCCAGGAGGCAGUUCACGUGCAGCAUUUCCACAAGGUGGUAGAGGACGGGGCCGUUUUCCAGGGGCUGUUCCUGGUGGGGACAGAUUUCCUGGGCCAGCAGGACCAGGAGGGCCACCUCCACCUUUCCCAGGAAAUUUGAUCAAGCAUCUUGUUAAAGGAACUCGGCCUUUGUUCCUGGAAACUAGGAUUCCAUGGCAUAUGGGGCACAGCAUAGAGGAAAUACCCAUUUUUGGCCUAAAAGCUGGACAAACUCCUCCACGUCCACCUUUAGGUCCACCUGGCCCACCCGGUCCACCAGGUCCUCCACCUCCUGGUCAGGUUCUGCCACCUCCUCUAGCAGGACCUCCUAACCGAGGAGACCGCCCUCCACCACCAGUUCUUUUUCCUGGACAACCUUUUGGGCAGCCUCCGCUGGGUCCACUUCCUCCUGGGCCUCCACCUCCAGUUCCAGGCUACGGCCCCCCUCCAGGUCCACCGCCUCCACAGCAGGGACCGCCUCCACCUCCAGGCCCCUUUCCACCUCGCCCACCAGGUCCACUCGGGCCUCCCCUCACACUUGCUCCUCCUCCACAUCUUCCGGGACCACCUCCAGGUGCCCCGCCACCAGCUCCACAUGUGAAUCCUGCUUUUUUCCCUCCACCAACUAAUAGUGGCAUGCCAACAUCAGAUAGUCGAGGUCCACCACCGACAGACCCAUAUGGCCGACCUCCCCCAUAUGACAGGGGUGACUACGGUCCCCCUGGAAGGGAAAUGGAUACUGCAAGAACACCUCUGAGUGAAGCUGAGUUUGAAGAAAUCAUGAAUAGAAAUCGGGCAAUCUCAAGCAGUGCUAUUUCAAGAGCUGUGUCUGACGCUAGUGCUGGUGAUUAUGGGAGUGCUAUUGAAACAUUGGUAACAGCAAUUUCUUUAAUUAAACAAUCCAAAGUCUCUGCAGAUGAUCGUUGCAAAGUUCUCAUUAGCUCUCUGCAGGAUUGCCUUCAUGGCAUCGAGUCCAAGUCCUAUGGGUCUGGAUCCAGAAGACGUGAACGAUCAAGAGAACGGGACCAUAGUAGAUCACGGGAAAAGAGUCGGCGUCAUAAAUCUCGGAGUAGAGAUCGCCAUGAUGAUUAUUACAGAGAGAGAAGCAGAGAACGAGAGAGACACCGGGAUCGGGACCGGGACCGUGACCGAGAGCGUGAUCGAGAGCGAGAAUACCGUCAUCGUUAGAAGUAAAUAUACCUACAUUUUAAGUGGUCCAAGUACUUGUUCUGAUUUAACCUUCUGGAAGCACCUGAAAACAGGUAAGCCAUCACAGGUAAAAGAUUUUGACCUUUUCCCCUUUGAAUAUUGUAUUCAUGAGUUAUUUGUGACUUAGAUUUCAGAUUGUUUAUAGUCUUAAAGCAAGAAAAAUAAUCAAGAGGACUCAUUGUGUACUUCUAAAAUUUGGAAAUUGGGAUUCUUGUAAUCACAUACAUUGUUUGCAUGUGAUUUUAAAAUAUUUAUGUGCUUGGAUUUUUAAAAAUAAUUUUUUAUUCUUCCUUCCUAGAAUUAAUUCUAUUUGUCCCUGAAACUUUUAAAGAAGAUCUAAUACUAUAGUAGGUUAUAAUACAAAAAGAUGUUUUUCAGCAGCGAAAGGAUUUUUUUCCCUUUUAGAAAUUACUUUUAGAUGAGAAUUGCUAGCAUUUGAUUUUAUUUUUAAAGAAACACUAUCUUUUUAAUUUGCAAAGAAGGCAGAAAGUGGGUUUAGGGUUCAUAUCUAGGAACUUAAAACUGUGCCAAGCCAUACAUCCCAAGUUAGAAAUACGUGGAAAUAAUUUUCUUUGAUGUUUCAUUCAUAAGCCAUAAUCAUUGUCUUUUUUUUCCUGUAUUUUAAAUUUUUCUUGUGUACAUUUUUCAUAAAGUAGGAUGAGUUGUCUGUUUAUGCUUCAUUUUUACAUGUAGUUUCAUUUUAUAUUUGUGAACAGUGUUUACUCAUGAAGAGUGGGGACAGAGCACUGUGAAUCUUUUGAAUGUGGCAGGUUAUCAAUUCUGUAAACACCUUUGCUCCAUAUAUGAGUUAAAGUAGACUUAACAAAUCCUUUAUAAGUAUACUUAUAAGUAAAUAUUUUACAGAAAUUUACUAAAAAUCCAGUUGGAAAAUUGUUAAUAUUUAAAUUGUAAUUGGCUUUAUCAUGUAUGUAAUUUAAUUCUGUGGCUAGCAGUUUCUUUAAUCAUCACAUACAUAACACACACGCAAACACUUUUCCCUUUUGAAAAAGAAAAAAUGUAAUUUUUAUGAAAUACAAGUUUCAUGACAGUUUUUGAAGUGAGGAAACCCAUUUUAAUACUUUGUCUUACAUCUUGAAUAUUUAUCAAAACCCUUUUACUAGUUAUAUGUUAUACUAAAAGUUUAAUUCUCAAAAUAUUUCUCUUAGUUUUAAAAUUACUAAAGUUUGUACUGUUUGGAUAUAAACAUUGGAUGUGUUAUCAUAUAAAUCUAAACUAAUUUUUAAAUGAAGUUUUUUUAGUCCUAGUAAAAAUCCCUUAAGGUAGAUUGGGAUCAAGUUAUUACUUGAAAUGUUGAAUUAUCUGUUUUGAUAAGGUAUUGAUUUUACAAGUGGUAUUUUUUGUUUGUUUACUUAUUAUAUAGCUACCAAAGAGAUGAUAGUGAAAUUGGAUACAUUUUCAGUAAUUCAGUGUGUCCAUCAAGGGGCCUUUAAGCCAGUUCAUAUGUAGCCUUAAUUAGCAGUUCUUUUUACAGGUCUUCAUAAAAUUAAUCCAGUAAACCAAGUAUGCAUUGUUAGCUUUACGUACUUUGAAUUUAUACUCCAGUCAAGAGUAAUCACCUAAAUAUAUCAUUUUGAGUUCAUGUCACUCAGACAUUAACUAAAGUGUCCUAUUAUGCAGUUUUUUGCAAUCAGUGAUGUACCAUUCCCUAAAUCCCAUGUUUUGUUUGUACAUUAAUCAGAAUUGAGUUGUAAUAUUGUUAUGUGCCUUCAUCCAAGCAAAAUUUUACAAAAGCCUUUAUAGUAGGGGAAAGAAAAAAAAGAAAGAAUAUGUUUUCCUGGAUUACUGUACUUUUGCUAUACCAAACGGUAUUUAUUGUGAAGUAGAUGUGAGUAAGAGGGUGGGGGUGGGCUUAAAUGCAUAUAUUCGAGUGCAAACCUAUCUGCAAAUUUUAUUAUCAUUAUAAGGUCUGUUGACCUCUUUAGAAGUUUUAAAAUAUGAGUCCUUUUGAACUUCCUUGUAAAUUUUAAAUGGAAUAAAUGGACUAAGAAGUACUUCACCAAUAAAGUAAGUGUCAGCCUCUGUAUAAGUCACUGAUGUACUCCACUGUCAAGGGAUGAUGGUGGUGCAGGCAGGUUCUGGAAGCGCGGUGUUGACAGCUGUUAAUGUCUGUCCCAUCCUAAGUUUCUCGUGUUUGAACUGUUGAGUAAUGUUAAUUGCAUUCUCAUUUGAAAAAUGUAUUAGUUUUUAAAAAAGUUUUCCAUAUCCGAGUCCAAGUACAUAAUAAUAGUUCAAUGAGAAGAAUAACAGCUUUGUAAAUUUCACUGUAUAAAUGCAUUGUGCUUCAUAGUCUGUAAUUUUUGCCUCUAUUCUCAGACCACUCUGAGCAAAAUAAAAGCUGUAAGGUUUGUCCUCACAGAAAUAACGUUACUGUCCAGUUGCAGCAGAGCUCCUUUCCUUGGUUGUAUUGUUCUCAUUGUUUAGCAUAGCCCCACCCAGCAGUGUGUGUUAACAACCGAGUUCUGUGUCCUGACGAAUAAGGGAAGCACGUUCUUUUUCUAGGUGCUUUUUAUUCCGGCUUCUCCUCCUUAUUUGUGAGAUUCUCAUGUUCUCAAAUGAUUACUUUUCCCCCUAAGUAAUGUGUUUGGAUCUGGGUUAUAUAACUGUAAGUGUAUGGCCAUGUGAUUAUUUCUGGCACAAAUGUCAUGAACUUAAAUUUAAUUACUGUACAGGAUUUAGAGAAUGUUUUGUGUUUUUUAUCCAGAUUAUUAUAGCUUGUGAGAAAAUCAUUUCCUUUAUGUUAAGAUGCUCCAUCUUGUUAGGAGUGUUAUGUUGAGGCUUUCGUGAAAAUUAAAUUCUUCUCCGUUGCCUGGUGAAUGAUAGAUAACUGCUAAGCUUUCAGAAUUUCUUACAAGUCUUAGAUGACAUGUUGUGACCAGCCUAGCCUUCCCACCAUGUUUGCUUGUGGUUUUCCAUUGAUCUCAACUAUCCACUUCACCUCGCUAUGCUGGCUCUCAUUUCUUUUCUAUUUCUCAUGUUUUUAGUGUGUGUAAAAUCUGACUGUCCACUGUUUUACUUGAAGUGACAAGAGAGGGUAGAGAGUGGCCCCCUGCAUGGAUGGAUGGAUAGUGCUUUUUGCUCACCGUGGUUUAAGAAUACAGUUUUGUUUAUAAAUAAUUGAUGUUCUCUGUCUUAAAACAGAAAUCCAGUGCCAAUGUGAGUCCCUGCUCUCUCACCUUCACCCCGGGUGAUGGUUUUGCCAUUGUUUAGUUUGUAUCUUGGAUUGUUUUUAAUACAUAAUGUUUUAAAUGAAUUCAGUUAGCAUUGUUUAAAGGAAACUUACUAACCAAUAAGAGAAGAGUGACAUUCAUGUUCUGUAAAUUUAUGCUUUUGCCUUUCUGUAGUUAGCAAGUUCUAGCUCUUGACAAUGGGUAAAUUCUAAAUAACAACCAGCUUAUUUUGAAAUGUCCAUAUUUUUUGAGUGACUCUCUUUGGCACAAAACUUUUUUUCUUUCAUUUUCUUAUUUGUGAUGCAGUUUAUUUCUGUGUAGUCAAUUGCAUAGAAUACUUCAUUGUGUAUUUUGUACAGUAAUAAAAUUACUUAGUUAAAAUGGGGUAAGUAUGGUGUUCAGAGAAAAACAUCAGAGUAUCAACUCAGCAGCUCCAAGCUUUUUGUGAACAUCAGUAAUAAAUGGAAUUGGUUUUAUAUGUACUCUGUUCUAGUCAAUAAAAGAAACUCAGGAAGAGUUAAUAUGUUUAGACUCUUCUCUUGCCUACCUCAUCCCCAUUCCUCAUUAAGGAGAAAUUUUCAGAUAUAGAAGGGUAGAUUUUAUUAACUUAAAAGUAUUGCAUUUCUAAAAUUAUGUGAGGAUCCUUUUUAAAUUCAGCUCAUUAAUAUGAAAACCUGUAAGAGCUGGGUGUGAUAGUGCACACCUGUGACCUUAGUACCUGAUGACUGAUGCAGGAGGAUGCUCGUGAGCUCCAGGCCAGCCUGGUUUACAUGUGGAGUUUCAUACUAGCCAGACCUCUAUACUAAAACCGUGUUUCAGAAGUAAGAACAAACAUUCAACAUAAAAACCUAUGAGAAUUUCAUCAAAUAAGAUAUUCAAGUGUUUUCCUUAAAAGCUUAAUUUCCAUGAGUUUUAAAAUACAAAUAAUACCAAGAUUGCACAUAUAAUUAAACACUCAAUUUGAGUUGUUCAUAACUGUUUGAUAGCACAAGUGUAGGCAUUUAGUCUAUUGAAAUGUUAUUGCUUGCUGUAGCUUGCAGACUUUCAGGACAGUUUCCUUGUCUAGUUGAUUUAACACUGUUUACGUAGGUGCCUUUAAUAGCUGACAGUUGAAGCAAGUCAUUGUGUGGCUUUGGCAUUACAGAUUUGAUCAAAUGCAAUUUUGAACAUGUGGGCAUCGAAUGUAUUUGUUACUUUUAAGCUUUUGGUAUCUUUGUUUAUGUAGAUGUCUACUUAGACAUUUGAGUCUAUAUUAUGGAAUUGGAUUAUUGGAAAUGGGUUGUAUUGCCUUCAAAUUUUGCUUCCGUUUGAGAUUGUAAAAUUUGUGUUUAUGUAAAGUGUUUAGAAAUAGAAAUAAAAGCUUCUAAACUAUUCCGUAAAUUUUAUGACUGUAUGGUAAAAUUUGAAGAUUUAUCAAUUAGUAAAUGCCUAUCUAUAAUAUAAUGAAGCAAAAGAUAAGUGCACUGGUUCUGCAUGUACGUGGACCUCAUAAACAGGGUUGCCUGUGUACAGUAGUACGUUUCCACUGGUCAUGGUAAUACAUAUCCUGUGGCUUUUUGAAAGAUUGGGUUUUUUUGUUUUGUUGUUUUUAAUUCCCCUAUACUGUGACUUUAAGUAAUUUUCUCUCAGUAACUCUUCAUUCUUUACAACACAACAAAAAUAUUAGGGUAGAUAGCAUUUCUUUUUUAGUAGGAUUUGUAAAUUUUCCACAGUCUUUUAUUUUUUCUUUUUUGUAGAUUAAAACACCUGCCUUAUCUGUCUCUAAUGAUUUUACUGUUUUAAAAUUUUCACUAGUGCUUGAAGUGUUAGUGUAGGUCCUGGGCUUUGUGUGUUGUAGAAGACUGGAUUCAGUCUUCAGCCUCAGUCCCAGAACACAAAGAGAACUAGCAAAAUUGUAACCUGUAAAACUAAAACAUUUGAAAACUAACAUUGUAGAUUUCUUCUGUUAAAUCCUUUGUAUGAGCCUAUUAGCAUAUCGUGAAAGAGAAGGUACAAAGGUGAUUACAUAAAUAGUUUACAUGACUCUUAAAAGAAUGCAGUUUUUCCUUUUGUACUUUUACGGUUUAAGAUUUUAUUAGGGAGAAUGAAUAUGUAUAUACACACACAUAUUGACACUCUUAAAAGAUUCUCCCAAUAGAGAAAUGAACACAGAAUUCAUAGUUGUUACAAAAAUUCCUCCUAAUUAUAAAGCAAAGGAUCUUUCAAAAUUAUUUUUAUGAUGAAAUGCCACUAAAUGUUAUGUGCUUUUGAAAAAUAUUAAAAUACCCUCCAAUAUUUCUAUUUUAAAUAUUUGAUAUAAAACUGAUCAUUUUUAAACUAAUGUUUCUUUUUGGACAUUUACAUAAAUAUGUAUUCCUGAGCCUAUAGUAUCAAUUUAUUGUUGGCUUCCCCCCCCCCCUUUAUGUAAGUUUUCAAUGAAAUUUAUCAUUGUAGAUUUUCAUUAGUUUGUGUUUGGUUAGUGGAUAUAGGUGAAAUAGAAUGAAAGUAAUGUCUCAAAUUUGUAUUGUGUCUAAAGAUUUGUAUGUGGAUGUCAUACUUAAUGACCAUACUGAGGUAUUUAUAAAUUUUGUAACAUGGAACUCCAUUGGUUUAUAACAAAUUGGCAGAAGUUCAUGUAUGCUGUCAAAUACAGUUAAUUUGUAAAUGUCAUUGCAUUUUAUAUUCAGUUCAGCAUUUGUUAAAUAUAUUGAUAUGUGGAUGAAUGAAAAAUAUCUACAUUCAAAUCCAAGCAUUUUCCCAUUUAUUUUGUAGUGUGCAUAUUUUAGACAAUGACUUAUGGUUGUUCUCAUCAUCACAGAAACAGUAGCUGUGUAUUUUCAUUUGUUACUGUAAUUUUAUUCUUUUCAAAAUUAUCAUAUUUUGCACAAAACAGUGGUCCUCAUAUGAGAAUCAUUGAAUUUCAAUGGAAGUAAUAUGUGAAAAGAAUAUGAGAAUUUCUUACUUUGAAUUUGUAAAUUCAAUUUGUAAACAUGGGAGCAUUUCUCCCCCAUGUAAGCAGCUACUGUUUGAGUUACGUUUUAUUUUGGGCUAGAAUCCCUAACAGUGAGUAGUUGCACGACAAUGUGUAUGUAUAGCUAAGCCAACAUUUUUUUUUGUGUAUUCUGGGGAAUAGCAAAAUCUACAUCACAAAUUUUGACACAUUACAGCUGAAGGAAGAGGAACUCCUUCCAAGACAAAAGAGUCUUCUCGGGGGAAAAGUGACGCUUGUCCAGCAGUUUGCUUCUUGUGAUUGAACUGAACCUGUAAGGAUUCAUGGAUAAACUGAACAGGAAUAGAUCUGAAUAAAGCAAAUCUGCAUAAAUGGUAACCAGUAGCUCUACUUUUAUUUUUUAUGUUGCUUAACUGUUUUAUUUGAAGGAAACCUGUGUGAUUUAAAAAGUUAAUAGCUUUUGCAACUUUAUUACUGGUUAUAUAUAUUUGGCCAUUAUAAUGUGCAAGCAAUUGGAAAAAAGUCAAGUAAAUGCUUGUUUUUAUAGUAGUUUGUUCUUGUUAAAAUGUUCCUAUGAUAAUGUCUGUAAACAGCACCGAUCUGAUCACACUAGAUGUAGUGUUGUAAUAAACUGUUGAAUGGGGCUGAUGUGUAAAGCUGUUCAAGUUAUUUGAUGUUUACACCUCAGGGAAAGUCUUGUGUUCAGCAAUAUCUAAAGAUAAUGUUACUAUGACAACAUUUUUACUGUCCUUUAAAAAAGCAUUGCAAUAGCGUGUUUGGAUAUGCAUCAAUCUAAUCUUGCGUUCAGUGAAUUAAACAUGACUAAUUAAGUGUCUAUUGCCCUUGAUUUUGAUAUUAGAAUAGGUGACUACAUGGGUAUUUAAUAUUUCUAUAUUCUGCUUUUCUAGCUGUUUUUACCUAGUUAGCUUGUGAUUUUGCUGAAUGGUAUGUAAACGUGUAAAAACUGAAAUUUGACAGAGCAAUCCAGUCAAUGUGUUAGGGGUCAAAAAUUGAAGGUUGUAACAUUUUUGGUAAAAACUCAUGUAUUUGCUACAGUAGUGCAGCUUAAUUACAACCCAAAUAUACUGAGAUAAUAAAUUGUGAACUGCUAGCAUUUAAGAUAGAUUUUGAUAAUUCUGGUUUCAUGCAGUCAUUUACUGUUUGAUGCUGAUGGUGCCAUAGGCAGUGUAAUUAUGGCUAUACAGCAAGAUAGGUAGAGAAAGCUCUAGUAUUGUACUUGAUUCAGAUUUCUGAAGGGUGUGAUGUUUAUUAACAUUGGGCUGUAUUGUUCAGUGUGAAUAAUGAAAAAUUAUAAUUACACUGUCUUCAUGGCUCAAGGAAUUGUGUGUGUAUUCCUGUAACCUUGUUGAUUUAUGCUUGAUUAGAGUUAACCAGUUGAUUUUUUUUUUCUUUCCUUUUUUUCCUUCCUUCCUUUCUUUUCUUUUUUUUUUUUUUUAAAAAUCCAGCCUUAAUAAAAGGUUGUAUUAAAAGCACCUGGCUAGCAUGUGUUAUGCAAAAAUAGCAGAGACAGACUGUCUGUCAAUUUGAUUGCCUAUUUUUAUAGGAAGGUAAAAAUCUGAAUUACUAAAGAAAUUUAGAUAAAGUCCUUAAGCUAAUUUGUGUUAAAUGUUUUAAAGAUCUUAUUACCUAUAAGAGAUCUUUGGAUAGUAUACAUUGACUUUUAAAGUUUACCUAAAUUUAAGAGCAAUGCUUAAGGUCUGUACCAUAGGUGACAUAAUGUGCAGCUUGAGAGAUUUCUACUUUUCUUCAGUUUUAUCUUCUCUGCUUUUAAAAUACUCAGAAAUAUCCAUACCACUGCCAGUUCAUUUUAAAACGUCUGUGAGCAGAGUAUUUUUUGGAAGGUAUCAUUGGUGUUUACCACAACUGUUGUUAGCUCUCAGAAAUGAUUUUUCUUAAGUGUUUAAUCUUGUUGAAAUGCAAUUACCUUUUAAUUUGGGAGUUGUAUCAAAAUCUAUUUUCUUGUUUUGUAUAUAGGUCUUGUAAGUUUUUGUCAUUUUUUAAGCUUUUUUUAAUAGUUCAAUUACAAUACCCUAAUGUGAAGCUGUGUGGACAUACGUGUGUUUACAAGGGGGAUUAGUUAAUAGUGAGAUUAAAAGGUAAGUACAAUGUCCAUAGAUAGAAUUUCUCUGAACAUUUUAAAAAUGGAAUCAAAAAAUACAUAUACUUGAAAUGAAACUGGAGAUUUUGUACUGAUUUUAAUCCUUUAUUACCUUUUAUUUUUUCUUUUUUAAAAAUCAGUUGGAACCCUUUCUUUGCUCUCUUUAUGUCACCCUUCUUGCUUGGCUUAUUUCAUUCAUAAGCGACUUUGGAUGCAGAUAGUGUAUUAGCAUUGCUUGCUGCUGCUAGUCCAUUAUUUUAAGUGUUGUUAGGAAAAAAUAAAGUAGCUUUGGUUUGUCUAAUUUUGCAGUGUCUCCUACCUGAUAACACAUGAAUGUGUAGCAGUAAAAGUAAACAUUACAAACCUUGUUUUAUUUGUCAAAGCCCUUCUGUUGUCUAGGAGCCAGUUUCAUUUGAAAACUGGUUUUUAAUGUGUAGAAGCAAUCCAAAGAGAUGAAAUUUUACAAAGACACCAAAAAAAAAAAAAAAAAAAAAAAAAAAAAAAAAAAAAAAAGAGACAGACAGACAGAGAAGUCAGAGAGAAGAAAAAAGGAGUUAGACACGUGUAGUUCAUAUAUAUAGUGGCAGUGACAGCAAGCUUGAGUUUAUCUUGAGUCCUAGCGUUGCUCAGUGCUGUGCAGUCACAUUCCUUGCAGCUAGUAGUGAGAUUCCACAUGGUAUUUCUCCUGGAGUGGCACUUUGAAUUCAAUAAACUGCUUUGGGGGAAAGGAAAUAGAUUUGUAGAAAGGAUUCUUUCAGUGUAAAUUUACCUGUGUUUAUGUUUUGUCAGUUUUCAUCAGCACGAUGAGCAAGAUUCUGAGUGACUUGCCAUAGCUAUUGAUCAUGUCAGGCCAUUUCAUGUCUCCUUAACCUAUAAUCUUAAGCAGUUAACUACAAUUUGGAAUUUACAAAUAGCAUGUAGCUUAAGGUAUUAUUUUAAUUUGAUUCUCCUAUGGAGACUGUUGCUUUAGUUUUUACUAGUUUAAAGUCAGUUCUAAAAAUAAACAUGGAAGUUUUCAUGAACGUUGUAUAAUAUUUUAUAGUAAAGUGGGUGGGGGGAGUUGUUUAAAGGGUAAGACUUUAUCUUUCCCUGUGCUGACAUGUGCCAAUAGCCUGAGUACAUUCUGUUUCAUACAACAAGAUGCUACUGCAAGACUCUUCCACUGGAGUGCUCAUGUCACUACAGUUUUGCUACCCAAGUGGUUGUUGCAGUGUCUGUAUCUUGCAAGGUGGCCCAAUAUUGUGUUUUAGGCUUCAGCUUCAGUUAUCUUAAGAGGAAGUUUAUGCUCUGAUUCUUCACUGAGAAUUCAGUAUUGAGAUUCUUGCUAUUGCACAGAUAAACUGAUUUUUAAAUUUUAUUCAUGAACUUCAUUUGCAUCCCAUAGCCCUCUGUAAAUGUUUCCCCCAGUUGUAUGUACUUACUAAAUGCACGCUUUUUCAUUGUACAUACUAGACAUUUUUUGUGCUAAAAUUUAUUAAGUAGGGUUUUUGUAGCAAAGCAUUCUAUUUUUAUGUUCUUAUAGUGUAUGUGUUAACAUUAAUAUUCAGUUUAAACACUGGUGUAUUUAUUUUUAGCAACUUGACUCCUAGAAGCCUUAGACUAAUUUUUAAAUAAACAUUCAACCAAAAAUUAUGAAUUUCUUGAGAUGUGGCCUUAUAUGUGGUGUUUUCUGUGUUCAUAACGUGAAAUAUUUUAAAUUUAGAUUUUAUUUAAAUCAAGAUUUAGAAUUAGUUUCAUUUUAAGUCAAAAUAGAAAAUGUAUUAAGCGUCUAGGCUUCUGGGAGGAAGUUCUUACACUCUUCUUUCUUGGCAUUAGAAAGAAGCAAUAUGAAUUUAUGAAUAUUCUAAAUAUUCAGGCCAUUGUAUUGUGUUCAGAUUGCUUUAGGCUUGUUUUAGCCCAGUGUUUCUUUAAAGUUCCAGGUGGUUGGCAUUCACUGAAUAUACAGCUACUGUGGGUUUUAUAUGGGUGUAUGAAAUCUUGGCUACAUAUAGGCAGAUUUCCGUGUUUUUAAAGAAUUCCUGCUACGUUGAUUAUGCUGUAUCAGGAGGCAUUUAAAAUAUUAGGUAACAUUUAAUUGAAGUCACACAGGUCUUGAAUGGUAUUCGUGGAUAGUAAAUACUACGAGCAGUUUUUCAUAUCAGAGAGUGAGUACCCUAAAACUCCACCAUGGGAGUAAAUUAAAAUAAUUUCAUAAUUGGCUAUACCCUUCAUUUUAGUACAAAUACUUCGAUUUGAAAGUUUUUUUUUUUUGCCACACUGUUUACUGCGUAACACUUCUCAGCAUUUCUGUAUGCAAACUAUUUUAAAAUACAGUGAUCAAUUCAUGUUUAUUUUUUACUUUGGAAAUUGUAGUACUCAGGUGGUAUUUAAUGGGAAAUGAUUCUUUGAUGUGAAUCAUAAUGUAUUUUGAGGACUGCAACUAUAACACAUGACUUUAGCCUUAAGGAAAGGUCUUUAUUCCUUCCUUUGCAUCCCAUGGUAUGUUAGCAGAGUAGUUUACAGCCCUGCACAGCCUUACAAAGUUGUUUUACAAUUUUUUUAUGGAAAACCCUUAACAAGAAAAAAUUGUAUCAUAUUACAGUGCUGAUGAGUUAUUGAAUAAUCACCCUUUGUAAAUAAGUUGUCUGAUACCAGAAGGCCAAAGAAAGUCUUGAGAUUUUAGCUAUUGAAUGUGGUGACUUCAUAAGAUUUCUGUGCAAAAGGUAAGGUGAGAUUCCAUUCGAUAGGCAUUCUUUUGAUGUCCAUGAAAACUAGACUUCCAUAUUAGCUUCCUUCAAAAGGCUCAUUCCCAUUUUAUUAAAAUGUUUGUACUUGCAAUUUUGUGUUUAAUGUUUACUUUGGCUUUUCUUUCUUUAGCAUUUAGGUGACUGUUCAGCAGUUUUCUAUAUGGCCAUUGUUGGCCUAAAACUGCACUAGUAACAAGCAUGGUAUUUAUCUUGUAUUGAAAAUAAAAACAAAGUUUUGGUAAUA